CUCGCCGGAGUAUUACCGCGGUGUUCAGUAACACAGACCUGUGCCAUGGGCAGAGAGAGCUCUGAGCAAGUGUGAGGGUCAAUAUUUAUAGACCACUACGUAGCUGCCUUGCAGAGACACACCGAGAAACACGCGGGCACCGAGAGAGCCAGGCAAGGAAGAAAACAGUGGCGAGAACUUUAAUUUUGAGCGUUUUUGUUCUAAAAAGAAAUUUCUUUCUGUCAGGUUCAAACUUCGGCUGAAUCACAACCAUUUGGCGCUGAGCUAUGACAAGAGAGCAAACAAAAAGUUAAAGGAGCAACCCGGCCAUAAGUGAAGAGAGAAGUUUAUUGAUAACAUGCUCUUACGAAGCUCUGGAAAAUUAAAUGUGGGCACCAAGAAGGAGGAUGGAGAGAGUACAGCCCCCACCCCUCGGCCCAAGAUCCUGCGUUGUAAAUGCCACCACCACUGUCCGGAAGAUUCAGUCAACAAUAUCUGCAGCACAGAUGGGUACUGCUUCACGAUGAUAGAAGAAGAUGACUCUGGAACGCCUGUUGUCACCUCUGGAUGUCUAGGACUGGAAGGGUCAGAUUUUCAAUGCCGUGACACUCCCAUUCCUCAUCAAAGAAGAUCAAUUGAAUGCUGCACAGAAAGGAACGAGUGUAAUAAAGACCUCCACCCCACUCUGCCUCCCCUCAAGGACAGAGAUUUUGUUGAUGGACCCAUACACCACAAGGCCUUGCUUAUAUCUGUGACUGUCUGCAGUUUACUCUUGGUCUUCAUUAUUUUAUUCUGUUACUUCAGGUAUAAAAGACAAGAAGCCCGACCUCGGUACAGCAUUGGGCUGGAGCAAGAUGAGACAUACAUUCCUCCUGGAGAGUCCCUGAGAGACUUGAUAGAGCAAUCUCAGAGCUCGGGAAGUGGAUCAGGCCUCCCUCUGCUGGUCCAAAGGACAAUAGCUAAGCAAAUUCAGAUGGUGAAGCAGAUUGGAAAAGGCCGCUAUGGCGAAGUGUGGAUGGGAAAGUGGCGUGGAGAAAAGGUAGCUGUGAAAGUGUUCUUCACCACGGAGGAAGCCAGCUGGUUCCGAGAGACUGAGAUAUAUCAGACGGUCCUGAUGAGGCAUGAGAAUAUCCUGGGGUUCAUUGCUGCAGAUAUCAAAGGAACUGGGUCCUGGACUCAGUUGUACCUCAUCACAGACUAUCAUGAAAACGGUUCUCUCUAUGACUAUCUGAAAUCCACCACCUUAGAUGCAAAGUCAAUGCUGAAGCUGGCCUACUCCUCUGUCAGCGGCCUAUGCCAUUUACACACGGAGAUCUUUAGCACUCAAGGCAAGCCAGCAAUCGCCCAUCGAGACUUGAAAAGUAAAAACAUCCUGGUGAAGAAAAAUGGAACUUGCUGCAUAGCAGACCUGGGUUUGGCUGUCAAGUUCAUUAGUGACACAAAUGAGGUUGACAUCCCACCCAACACCCGGGUUGGCACCAAGCGCUAUAUGCCUCCAGAAGUGCUGGAUGAGAGCUUGAAUAGAAACCAUUUCCAGUCCUACAUUAUGGCUGACAUGUAUAGCUUUGGACUCAUCCUCUGGGAGAUUGCAAGGAGAUGUGUUUCUGGAGGUAUAGUGGAAGAAUACCAGCUUCCCUAUCACGACCUGGUGCCCAGUGACCCUUCUUAUGAGGACAUGAGAGAAAUUGUGUGCAUGAAGAAGUUACGGCCUUCAUUCCCCAAUCGAUGGAGCAGUGAUGAGUGUCUCAGGCAGAUGGGGAAGCUUAUGACAGAGUGCUGGGCGCAGAAUCCUGCCUCCAGGCUGACGGCCCUGAGAGUUAAGAAAACACUUGCCAAAAUGUCAGAGUCCCAGGACAUUAAACUCUGAUGUCACAUACUUUUGGACAGAGCAAGACUCUCACCGAAGCAUCCUUAGCCCAAGCCUUGAACGUUAGCCUGCUGCCCAGUGAGUUCAGACUUUCCUCGAAGAGAGCAAGCUGGACAGACACAGAGGAACCCAGAAACAUGGAUUCGUCAUGGCUUUCUGAGGAGGGGAAACUGGGUAACUUGUUCAAGAUAUGAUGCAUGUUGCUUUCUAAGAAAGCCCUGUAUUUUGAAUUACCAUUUUUUUAAAAAAGAAAGAUACUUUAAUUUUUACCAAAAUAAGACAAAUAUUGUAGAUGUUUGAAGGUUUAUACAGCUAUAGUUUAAAUAAUAACAAAAGGCCUUCCUAGAAAUGUUCCUGGAAGUCAAAAUGUUUUCUCCAUUGGCAAAAUACUCUUGCACUCUAGAAAACAGAACAGCCUGUGAACAUAAAUUAGAAUUCAACUUACUUGCUUCCCUGCCCGAGACACUUCAGACUGUUUGGGUCAGCCCUGCUCUGGGAUGCCAGUGCUGUGUGAAUGCACAAGCAUGCAAGUCCCACCUACCUGGGACCACAGCUUGGACUCCUUCUGCAGCUUCAGCCAGAGUGAAACAAAUGAAAGCUUUGUGCCACUAGUAGGAUUAUGUGUUGGUGGGUUCUUCAGAGCUACUCCUGCUUCAGGGUGCGUUAGGCAGCUCUUUCAGGCAAUGCCUCCCCCCCGCUUGCAUUAAACACCAGCAAAGCUUUAUCACGAGUGGAGAAUCAACACGUGCCUGCUUUUGUUCUCAUAAAUCAGAAGAUCAAUAUUAAAUAAAACUGUCAGGAAUGUGGUAGAGAGACAAGGGACUUUAAAAAUGGAAGUGAUUUGGGCUUGUAUUAUAAGGAAGACAUGUCAGUUAGGCAGUGCCGAGACUGAAGGAGCAGCAGAUAGCCGGCUUGUUCCUUCUGUGUGCAUAAGGACCCAUCACAGCAGUACAGGAAAGAAGUGUGCACGUCACAGUGUGUAUAGGUAUGUAUAGUUUUGUGUUGUCGUGUUUUCUAAAUCUCUGGUUUCAGAGGCAGAGAGGAAGCAUCUGAUCUGUCAGGUUAACGUCACUAAAUUUAAUUUAAAAAUAAGCAGAGGAAAGUUGAUGAGGUCACCGAACAUGGCUGUUGUGAUUCCUUCUAGAAUAGAUAUAUGGGUCUGGUAUGGACCUCUUACAUGGACAUUUCAUACCUUAGGUAUAACUCAUUUACUCUCAUGUGCAUUUCACUACUAAUUUAUUCUGUUUCUCUAGUACAGCACGUACACAAAACAUCUCGUGAUUCAGUCCUGUGAGGUCCUAACUUUUGACUAUCUGUGCAAAACCACUGAUACGACCAGUAUUCCUUAGGAAGGAAAUAAGGUGUAAAAUGGCACAUGGCCUUCUCAACUUCCUUCACAUAGUUCCUUACUGUGUUCCUUCCAGAAUGAUUAGAAAUUGCGUACUUGUUAUUAAGAAAGGUGGAAGUACUUCCUAUGCCUUAGAAAGUGACAUUCCUCCAAGAUUCCUCCAGGGGGCAGUGUUUUCCUAUGCAUCUCACCGCUGGGUGCUUGAAAGAUGGAGCCCUUAGGGAAAGUUGACAGCUGCAUGAGAAAUGAGGAAAUGUUUUACUCCUUUUCUGGAGUAGACAUUCAUCUGGAAAGCAAUCCUGGAGCUCAGUGUCUUUGCGCUAUACCUGGAGUUUAGGAAAACUGUAAAGAAAAGCAUCCCUCUGUGUUCUGUUUCAUUGUAUGGUACUGCCGGGCCACAGUUUAGUUUCCACUAGGAUAGAUCUACUCAGUUCUUAAAUCUGAAAAGAUAAAAACUGGUUGUUAAUUUAACGGUCAUCACAUUUUGCUCUUACUGAGGCCAGUGCAAGCUAAGCCAUCGAAGAGCCUUUUCUCUAUUAAAUGACAUUUGCUACAGUUUUCCCAUUUAUUUCUGUCGCAUGGCAGUCAUCUGAGCCUGGGGGGAAAAGCCUUAUUGCCUCUAGACAGAUCCAUCUGCAAACACCUAUGGAGCAUUUUGCCAGUUAAGUGGGUACAUUUUGAUUUUUAUUUUCUGGGGUUUUCUUAGGCUUAAGUGAGGUUGUGGGGACCUCGUAGGUCACACUGUGUUUUCUUUAUUGGUAGAUUUUAAAAUGUGCGCAAAUUUAAAUCAGAAUGUCUUGUGAUGGAGCUGUUGAUGAUUUAAAGAGUUCUAGAUUUCUAGGGUUCCUGUGAAGAACGGGGAGAAAUUUGAGUGUCGAAAUUUCAUCUAUAUGGUUCAUUUUACUGCUUUGGGGAAAAUCAACUGCUUAUUUGCUAAUUAUUGACUUUAUUUAUUCAGUACAAAAUCUUGAAAUUAUUGAGAUCAUUUAAAAGAUCCACUCAGUUAUUAUGAAUUUUCAAUAAGAAUUUAUAAUUUAUUUAUGAAUAUAAUUUCUGUCUUAUGAAAACCUAACUGAUACAACUAAGUUGUUAAGGACUACCUGUUGACUUCCCAGUAAUCCACGAUAACCUUUAAACUUCUAGCAUCUCAGAAAAAUACAUUUAUUUUAUUAUUUUUUUGCUCUAACUUUCUGCAAAUUAAUAAUAUAAUUGACUGUUGCUUACCCUCAGGACUCUUUCAAAGAGCAAGAUUUUCUUCUAACUCCUCUCCUCUGAAGGAAUCCUAAAUUAUUAAUUGUUAGAUAAGCUUUAUGUGUCCAAGUUUAUGGUUGAUGUGCGUAUGUAUAUAGUAUAUAAAUAUAGAUGUAUAUGUAAAUAUGUUCAUUCUGGAGUCUGGCACAACUCUAGUAUGUGGAUUAGAAAGUAAAAUAUUAUGGAUGGUAAAGUCCUAAAUGAAGAAUAAUAUUUAUUUAUGGAAACAUGUACAUUGUGAACUCCCAAAUGAAAAGCAGUGAGCAGUGUGUAUGACUCGGACAGUGCACCCUGACGUCACUCCUGCCCGUUCUUAGUACUCCCCCAACAGAAAGCUUCUUAGGGGACAUGCUGGACUUUGCUUCCAGGGAAUUCGCUGGCACAUUUCAAUUGGUGUGUGGUCCAGGCCCGCAAGUCCCUAGUAAUCACCUGCUUUCAUGUUCCUCAUGCCAACCAAAUUCAUCAGGAGUGUUCUGUUUUCCAUCUGUACUCACACUUCUUGGUUUGUGGAUGGAAAGGCAAAGAGGAUACAUUUUUUUUUUUAACUUGAACAUGUUUUGGUGGUUACACCAUCUCAGAAACUCCCAGUCCCAUAAAAAGUAGAAAGGAAUGGGGCUGUGUCAAAAAUGAUACAAUUUAACAGAACUGAUUGUUACAGAAACUAAUGCCGUAGAUUUUAAGAGAAAAAUUGGUAAUAUUUAGGGGGAGCGGUUCUUUUCUGUCUGUUUCAAAACAAAACUCAUUUGUGUUCUAUCGGGAAACCAGUGCCUUAUGGAAUUUGUAUAUACUGUAAUUAUUCAGGGUUAGGGAACAAACAGUUGUAUUUGUUACAAAUUGUGUAUGACUUGUUUUCUUAUUUCCCUCAAUAAAAUGGUGUCA